UCUGGGUAGGAUUUGGCUAACUCUUAUUUUUCAGCAGCAAUUUUUAAAGUAGGUGAGCCCAUACGAGGCAUGCAACAAAUUCCUGGAGUUAAAGACUGAAGUUCUACGUCUGUGACAUGGAAAUCACAACAGCUCAUUUAAAAAAAUUAGUGGCUAUUCAAUGAUCAGAGAAGUGGAAUAAUUUUAAGAGUCUGCUCAGGAGAAUAUUAUAUUCUUCCUUUUGAACAUGGUUUACAAUCUUUCUUUGCUGAGCUGGAGCAGGUUUGCUUUCAUUGACCCUCGAGGGAAAUAGCAUCACGUUGAAAGUUUCCCUGGUGCAUACCCCAUGGCCCUCUUGCUUAAUGCUGAACUGGCAAAGAUGCUGGCAGACAUAUCAUAGACAAGCUGAUGAAGUCAGACUAAUGACUUAGGCUGGGUUCUGAACUUCAAGCUUUUGCCAUUUUGGUUGAGUGCCUGAGCCAAACCCCACAAGCACAGAAUGGGAGGGCAGAGCCAUAAGUGCCUACAUGCUGCUACUCUUCACUGUAUCUGGCUCAACUGCUUGAAUAGUGUGACUCACUCCAUUGGUAGAUGGUACAAAUGAGCAUGGAAGACCAGUAUCUCCCUUGGAAAGGACGUAAAAAUGAUCUCAAGUUGAUUAUCUUCAAUACCCUCUCAAGUAAAGACCGCUCUCAUUACAGAGUAUGUUGUGAUUGCAGAGGCACGAACCAGAAGGGCAAAGGGUCCAGCAGUACAAAGAACAACCUGUCAUCCGUUCAGUACUCUGUGUCUUGAAAUUGCUGUGGAAAUGUGGCAGAUGGGGCUCCAGGUGCCAGAGCCAACACUCUCUCUACAUUAGCAAGGUUUCGUUACGGCGCUGUAUUAGAACGGUAUCUGCUACAACGAUCGGUCCUUUCCCGCGGCCGGACCCGGCGGCGAGAGAAGGCAGGUGAACGGGCUGCAAAGCAGCACCGGGAGCUCCGCCACCCCCCGGCCCGCUCCGCCACCCCCGGGCCCUGCCUGCGCCCUCCCGCCGACGGUCCCGCUCCCGGCUGGCGGCCUGCCCGGAGAGAGGGAGGCGGCCGCGGGGCUCUGCCAGCCGGGUGUGCCCUGCCCAAGGCGCGGCUCCCUCGCAGGUACUAAUCGCCGCCCUGCCCCGGCUCCCUCCUGCAUUUGCCGCCCCGCUCCCCGCCGGAGCCGGCGGUGCCCGAGCGCGGCCGGCAUGUACGGGGGCCAGCAGCAGCUGCAGCCCCCCUCGCUGCCCCCGCACCUCCAGCAGCAGCAGCAGCACCACUACUACCGGCGCCAGCAGCACUACAGCACGCUCCCCGCCGCCCGGCGGCCUCUGGCCUACCCGGAGCCGCUGCCCCGGCCCCUGCCCUGCCGGGAGCCACCGCCCUGCCCGGAGCCGCUGCCCCGGACCCCGCCGUGCCGGGAGCCGCCGCCCUGCCCGGAGCCCCCGCCGCCGCCGCGGCCCCCGCCGUGCCGGGAGCCGCCGUCCUGCCCGGAGCCGGCGCCGCGGCCCUUGCCGUGCUUCGACCCGGCGCCCCACCAGCAGCAGGAAAGCGGGGUGGCGUACGACCGCGUGCGGACCUACGGCCCCGGCUGCCGGCGGGUCAGCACCUCCUGCUCCUCCCGGGCGGCCUCGCCGCUGGAGUGCUCGCACGGCUACCAGCAAGUCAUCUCCGGCUGCGACCCGCAACAGGGCACUAUUCGAAGGAUUAUUAUCGAGAAUCCUGAUCAGGAGCCGCUAUCCCCAUUUCUUAGAGGGGGGAAUUUCUGUCCUGGAAAUAAUGUCAUCUAUGAAAAGACAAUAAGAAAAUAUGAGCUAUUAAAUCCCCUCCAAGAGAAGCAGUACCAAUUUUCCCACCACUGUCAGAUUCCCCCGCAGGCCGAUCAGUGCCACGUUGUCCAGCCCUGCCAGCACUCUGAGCAGUCCCAAGUCACCCACCAGUGCCAGCAGACACAGACCAGCAGCCCCUGUGAAAUCAUCCCAGUCUCUGUCAGCGAUGACUGCCGAGGAAAUACAGUGCGGAGGGUAACGGUUCAAGCCUGUGAGCCGGUGAACUGCUCACAGGAAAAUAACGACCAACUGGACUGCCGCUACUUCGGUGAGCUUCUUGCUGAACUGAACCGCAAGACUAAUGACUUGUACAGCUGUUUACUACAGCACGUGGAAAAGAUAGGCGGAAGGAACCAUGAUGUUGAAUUUACGUGCCAGACUGAAGAAAUUGAAGAUUUGAUUCCCAAAGGACUGUCUGAGACAACAAAGCAGCAGAUUCGUUAUCUCCUCCAGAUGAGAGUGACAUCAGACAAAUCUCUGAGACUCGUGCUUUCCACUUUCAAAAAUUUACGUGAAGAGCUUUGCCAUUUGCAGGAUGACUUGGGGAAGCUAGAAACUGAGAAUGUCUGUCUUAAGAAGGAUUUGGCUUUUAAAGAUUCUCAAGUAAAAGAAUACGAAACUAUGUUGACUUCUCUGAGAGAGAAUAAUCGUCAGCAGCAGCAAGGGCUGAGAGAGAGCACCGCAAAGUGCCGCUCUCUGGAAGAACAGCUCCUCUCCCUGCGGCUCAGCGACGGGGAGAAGGAGUGUCAGCUGAAGGAAGCAGAGUACUGCAAGCGAGCCUUGGAGCAAGAGAUCCAGAGCCUCAGACUACAGACCUGCUCUAAUCCAACACUACAGACCACCACAGAUGAACUCUCCAGCCGUUAUGUAGAGAUGAUCAAUAACUUGAGAGAAGAUAAAGAUCGUGAGAUCCGCAGUCUGAGGUCUCAGUUAUCCCAAUUCCAGCAAGAUAUAUCAAGGAGAGAAGGAAGUAACAGUGACUUGCAAAUAAGGUUGCACGAACUGACGUCAAUGUUGGAGGAGAAAGAGGCUUUUAUUAAACAACAGCAAGAGGACCUCUUCAGAUUGAAGCAUGAGAAAUUAUCAGGCAGUCAGUCCCCCGGUGUAACAGCUAUCAUCACCAAGAAGUACAGGAAUCAGUAUCCUAUUCUGGGUCUCCUGUCUGAUGACUACAAGGUUACGUCACCUGUCAAUAAAUCACAAACUAUUGUCAUUGAGAGGACUGGAGAGAUAUGGAAACAUGAAUGAAAGAAAUCCCUAAGCUAUCAGAGCUGCUCAAAGGAGUUCACGAUGACUAAAAUUGCUUUACUUUCUGCUAUUUUGCAUCUGGAAAAGGUUCGGUCUGAUAGUGAGAAAGGCUGGGGAACACAUUAAGGACAUGGAAGCAUGAAGAUGAUGGAAAACACCGUCUCAUCCUCCCCAUAAAGAACUCUCUUACCUGUGUCCAUAAUCUGCCACUAACAGCUGUGGACAAACAUACUUUUUCAUGCACUUACUUCUCUCAGAAGAGCACGCUAUGCCAGGCUUUCGUGGACUUCAGUUUUUCUUGACAUGACUAACGUCUGUUCUUCAGCCAGUCCUGAAGCAACUAAAAGACAAAAGAAAGAAAUCUGAAACCUUUUCCUUUUUGCACUAUUAUUUGCCAUAUUCUUCAGUUCUUUCUACUCAUGCUGAGAAGUGAGAAUGUUACAAAUUUAAGUCCGACACAUAAAGAUUGGCUGGUUUCAGUGCAGAUCUGCAGAUUGCUCUUUUAUCUACUACUGCCCAGUGAAGGUGAGCAAACCCCAGAAACAACCUUUAUGGGGAAUUUUAAAAAUACCUCACUUCAAAAUGCUUACCUUCCCUCUGCCUAUGUAUGGGAAGCUAAAACACAAAGGAGAAUUACUCCAGAUAUACAAUUCCUCACACUCAGCUACUGAAUUAGCAAAUACCAGACUUACCUAGUGAAAUGAUGGGGCGCAUGCUAAUUUUGAAGCAUGUUAUUGACCUCAGAGUUGGUGUAU